CCCAGUCUGGGUGGGUGGGACUUCCUUCACAAUUCCUGUUGGAUGUUAGCUCCUCUAGGUGACACGUAACUAAAAAACAAGGUAGCAGACAGACAGGCCUGUUACAAAGAGCAGAAAAGAUCAUUAAUUGAAUGGCUCCGUCUUACAGAAGUGUUUUUUCCCCACCUAUCCUCUAAAAAAAAAAAAAAAAAAGUAGUGAGAUGGUUGCAUCGGUGAAUUCAGAAAACCUGUGACGUGGAGCAAUAAACUUAGAGAUCUAGUUUAUAGUUACCUGAGUUUGUAGUACAAACAGAAAAACAUUUUGAGGGGGAGGGAUCGCAUCUGUGCGUGUGUGGGUUGCGAGAAAAGUUACUGAGAAAAACCAAUACAUUUACAGAGCGACCAGAGAGAUAUUUUCUGUACUUUUCCACUACCUGUUGCGAUGCAUACAUUUCGGUGCAAUACUUGAAAAAGAAAGAGCUUGAAAAGUUUGGGAUUUGUAGCCUGCGGGUCCAGGUUGUGGGGAAAGAGUGAAGAUGGGGAACGGAAUGUUUUCCAGAAGGCAUAAGCGUAUUUUUCAGUCUCUCGUGCUGCUGACUGUUAUUUUUGGACUUCUGUAUGGGGCAAUGCUGUCCUACGAAAUGCACAAACAGCUCAAAAGAACAGAGGCUAUAGCUGUAAAAUAUCAACAGCACCAAGAAUCAUUAUCUGCUCAACUACAAGUUGUAUAUGAACACAGAUCAAGAUUAGAAAAGUCAUUGCAAAAAGAAAGGCUUGAACACAAAAAGGCUAAAGAAGAUUUCCAUGUGUACAAGUUGGAAGCACAGCAAUCGCUAAAUAAAGAUAAGCAGGAUUCCACGAGCAGGUUUAAUUCCCUGAAUGUGCAACACGAAAUGUUAAAGAAUCAACAUGACGAACUAAAGAAACGGUACUAUGGCCUGCAUGAAGAGCACCAGCUGCUGAGAGAGGACCACAACAGAGCAUUAACUGAACACAAAGAUAAAUAUGAUAACCUGCAGCAAGAGAAGGAGAUUGAGAUCUCUAAACUGAAAGAAAACAUCUAUAACCUGCAUGAAGAGAAUAAGCAUAUAAGAAAAGCUCAUCAAGAUGUACAUGCUCAGCUCCUGGAUGUUAAGAAACAACACACGGAUUUAAAAUUUGAACACGAACAACUUGCACUGACUUUAGAUGAUCACAAGAGUGCACUGGCUGCUGCACAGGCCCAGGUAGAGGUGUUCAAGCAGUUUAAAGAGACCCUUAAAAAAAUGCCCAGCUUCAGACAGCCUGGACUCCACACACCAGCACCAGAGGAAUCGAGGAAACAAGGGGAGGAUGAUCAGACUCAAUACAAGAUUCACAAGGGAGGACAGCAACCAGUAGGAAACAUUGAUGACCUCCAACAGGAAGCUCCAAACAUUGGGGUCGAGCGCGAAGAACGUGACCACGCACAUCCGAGUGAGCAUGUUGUUCACCGAGAGGAAAACCGGGACAGGAGGCGGGAGGGCUUUCAGGUGCAGCCGGUGGAGGAGGAUCACCGGAAGGAGCUGGCGGAGGAGGAGAUGGAGCAGGCUGGGCUGCCAGAGCACCUGGAUGAAGAGUCUGACCAACCACAGGAAGAGGAAGAGAAGGAAGGCCACCAGAAAGAGGAGCAGCCCCCAGCACACGCUGAGCAAGAGGAAGCAGGGGUGAUUCACGAAGACAUAAAUGAGACCGCUAAGGAGCACGGCGGUGCACAGCAGCGUUUGAAAUCGGCCUACGAGGAGCAGCUGGACCAGCAGCGUUUGGUGGCUCGGCGGGAGGAAGAGGCCCGGCAGCUCAAGGAGCGCCAGGAAAGCCUCCAUCGGCAGAGACUGAGGGAGCAGAUGGACCGGCAGCAGCAGUUGAGAGACAGGGAGCUGCAGCUGCAGCGGGAAGCUGACCACAAGGAGCAGAUCCUGAGACUGCAGCAGCAGCAGCAGCAGCAGCAGCCCAGGCAACAGCCCGAGUAUGAAAAUAUUGAUGCUGAUAUUGUUCAAGGUGAUGAAGAGCGGGAUAUCCAAAAACAGGACGAUGGGCAUGAACAUCCCCAUGUUGAAGAAGGGGGGCAUGAGCAGCAGGAUGAAGACCCUGAGGAGGAACACGCAAAGGACGCAAACCCACAAGAAGAUCCAAACAAUCAGGGAGAGGACGAGUUUGAAGAGGCCGAGAAGGAGAAACGCAACAAUCUUCCAGAUGCAAACGCAGAACACAAGAAGCAUCUUGAGAACAUGGCCAAACCAGAAGUGGACGAGCAACUUGUGAUGGCUGGAAACCCAGACCAGCAAGAGGACACUCUGAAUGAGCAGUACCAGGAGGAGGGAGAGGAAGAGGUGCACAAUGACUUGGCCGAGGGGCCUAAAGUAGAACAAGAAGAGAACGAAGAAGCAUAUAAUGAAGAGAAUGAGGAAGGCGGAAACAUUAAAGAUCCCGAGGGUCCUGAGAAGGAGGAGGAUUCCCCCCCAGGGGACCACCUGAAACCAGAAUCUGAAGUAAUUGAAGAAGAGAAUUACGAAGAGGAGGUGGAAGAGGAGGAAGCCCCUGGCAAUCCCAAUCGACGGGCAGAAAUGUGAGGAAUGCCUCCUAGUAGACACAGCUUUGACUACCCGGGAUACAGAACUGAAAGUGCUGUUUUUUUAAAGAAAGUUUCAUAAUGAAUUUUUUUUUUUUUUUUGGAUAAAUAUUUUAAAAAUUGAAUAUUUUUUAAAGACUACAUCCCCCCCCCCCCCACACACACACAUUUUGUACUUAUUUUUUAUAUAAUGUUUUUUUGCUUUUUUUACACUCUAGCCCAGAACUAUUCACUAAACUGGUUACUACUUGAAAACACUGUGAACCACAGAUAAUCCCUCCUGCCCAUUUCAUACAUCAUGCAUGGAUUUCAUACAUCAUACAUGGUUUAUGAAGCCCGUAUUUCAUCAUUUCCGGUUUCCACAGCAUUAGAAGGUUAUAGACCACACUUAUUUUGCAUUUCUAAUAAUGUCCAUAUCAAUUCAAAACAGCUGAUUGCUGUUAUCUUGUGUAUCUGGCAUUUCAGUUCAUUUUUAGACAUCCAAAAAAAUAUAUUUUUAGUUGGAAAAAUAAAUAUUGAUGUAUGUGUUAUUCAAAAAAAUAUAUUGCACUGCAGUUGCUCUUUUUAUAGUAUGUGUGUGUGUGUGUAUAUAUACAAUAAUUUCAGAUUUUAGCCGCCUAUACACUGUUGCAAAAUACUAUGCUAUUGCUUCUGAACAUUUGUGCCUCCAUAGAAAUGGGUUUUUGUACAAGGUACUUUUCUACACUGUGUACUACUUUUUAAUUUAUACACCGUACAUUCCAAGCUGAUUUCUGAGAGAAAUAAUUUAUUUUUUUAGAAUAUUUGAAUUCUUCUAAGAUCAGCACCCUUUCCCAUAAUAGUAUAUUUUUGAAUUUCCUGUAAGAAAUACUUUUCAGAUCAUUGAUGGAAUACAAUGUUACAAUAGCUCAAGUAUCUCUGUAAUAUAUAAAUUUAUACAUAUUUACAUUGUGUACAUAGUGAUUCUUAAAAACAUGGAGAAGAUCUUAUAUUUGGUAAAAUCCUUUGUUUUUCAAUCGCUGCAUCUUGAGACGAAGAUGGGCUUCUUUCCAAGUAAUAAAACUGGGUUGAGGGUCA